GUUAGAGCAGAGUUGCUCGCCGGGCGGGGGAGUCAUGGAGACGCCAACAAGAGCUAUCUACUCUUUGCCAUCCCUCGUCACCGGCUCCUUGGUCUGUAGGGUAGUGUCACUUCUAGGGGCUCUGACCCAGGGCGACACCUAGAGAUACAGGAGAUGCCGUGUUUCUCUGGUAUCACAAGAGACGUUGUCUUAGACGCGACGAAGUCUGAAGCCACUUACGUUGUGGCAGCAACCCCCCGCCCCCGCGGGCCUGUUUCGAAAAUGGCAUAUGUUGUAGUGAUCGUGUUCCGAACCUUAGCGCCUGGUUUACCUGCUGAGGAUCAUAGAAGUUACCGGUUUAACUCUUGUCUUCAUUUCUCUGGCCACACAGCGUGGGGACGAUGAAAUUUGAAAGGGUACCCUGAGAAUGAAGGCGUCGGGGUAGCCUUACGUCAACUCAUUAUUGGGAGUGUAAAGCAUCAUUGUUCCUGAUGGCUUCAGUGGUACCUGUCCUUGUUUAAUUAGACCACCAGUUCUCAAAGUGCACUUGAAAGUUCGGCAUUUGGGGAUGACAUUAAAAGAAAAAAAAAAGGAAAGUUGUGGUUUAUGGUAUGCUUUUUUUUUUUUUUUGGCUCUUGGGUAAACAAAAUGAAGUUAGGAACUAAAGCAUUGCUGUGAAACAAAGUGUUGGUGUUUAAGGAGCAAAGCUAGUCAAAGAAUAUCUGUCUAGAAAAAGUCUGAGUGAAAUGUAGUUGCCGGAUUACUCCUACACAAAAGAUUCUUAAAAAUGAAUUAUUUUAGUUUCUUCCUAAACACUGUUGAAUUGUACAGUGUGUGGGUACUUUUCUGGUUUAAACAAACUUAGGAGACAUCUUUGGUUGUAUUAAGCUGUUUGUGGCAUCCAGUCAAGUGACUUCUCAACUCUUGAUUUAGGAAUGGGGAAGGUAGGUCUUCGGUUCUCUAUAAAGAGUACAGGUUGCUCUGCAGAAUGGCAGUCUUUUAGAAAGACAGCAGCUGCUACAAUGCUUUUCUGUGUGUGUGUGCUCUUGUUCUUUGUUGGUGAGGUUAGUACACACUGACAGCAGGAAGACUCCUUUUCCCAAUUGGAAUUUGUAGAAUCUUUGGGACUUCAAAGAAUGAAUAGUAUUAGAUUGAGAAUGAAUCCAUUCAUAUUUUGUGAUAAAUAUCCUAUGAAUUUGACUAAUAUUGGGAGUUUUUUUUUUUUGGACGGAAUUUUUAUGUGCUUUGUUAUAUAUCUUACCUAUACCGGUUUCUUAAGCUUUUAUUAUUAUUGAUUUAUUAAGAAAAUUGAGGGGAACUGUAGUUUUAGGGAAGUAUUUGCUAAGCCCUACGAAAAAUUUACAGUAUGAAUUCCAAAUCCAGUGUAGUUUUGAGUAUUUGUGUAGGCAUAAAUUACUGCGUUUUGCUGUAGCCCUUGAGGUGUUAUUUUAGAGGUAUAAUAGUAAAAUCUGAAAGAUAAAACAAGCAUUUGGACUGCAAGCAUAUGGAGUAAUGUAAAUUAAGCAGCGUUUAAAACCCUCUGUUUUUUAAAUUUAGUUCCGGAUGACCACUCUGACAUAUCCCCCUCUCUUUUGUAUGCUGAAGAGCAACACAUUAUUCUACUUCUUUCUCUGCAACAAUCCUAGAAAAUGUUCUCAUAUUCUUGGUGGCAGAGAGUGGCAAGUCCCCCAGUGCCUGACUGGGGAGGGAGACUCUCAAGCAUAUGGAGACAUCUAGGAAAAGAUGUGCAUCUUCAGCUGGGAUUCCAUUGUGUGCUCUCAGGAUCUGAGCCUGCUCCUUCUGGGAAUUUCAGUCUUAACAGAGGAGUUCUUUGACUUUUAGAUGUCAGGAUACUGAAGCAGAGGGUAGAAAAUAACUCAGAAAUUAUGAAUUGAAUGUAUUUUGGAUUGUUUUGCUCUGCUUUUACCCCUUCUUUGGUUAAAUGUGAUUCAGGUGACUUGUUCAGUGUCAGAGGAGCGUUUUACUGGGAACAAACAUGUAAAGGUGGGAUGGGAACUUGGGCAGGGGGUCUAAGAGUGGAUAAAGGGAUAAUGCUCCUGGGCUGCCUCUAUCUGUGAAAUCUAUAGUUAUAUCUUAUUAAAGCUUUCCAAGCCUCAGUAGAAACAAGGAUCUAUGAGCAGUGCUUCCACUACACAGCCUGUAUUUUAAGGAUUCAGUACCUUAGCUGUUUCAAAUCACAUCAGGCUGAAAUGUGACCUGUGAGUUGACAGCUUGGAUUUCUCAGAAAAAACUGUGGUGUAUUGGGUUUAAAAACAAUUCUUUUAAGCAGUCCUUCUUAGGAUGUUGGAUAGCAAAAAAAAAAAAAGUUCCAUUUAACCAGUGAUUCUAGAGGAUUAAUUUUCUGAAAAGCAGUGUGACCUUAUUUGAUAUUUUGAUCCUUAUUGUGUCAUGAUGGAAAUUCUAUUUAAAAGCAUAAUUAAUGUCUAGCUAUUGUUAUAGCAAAAUUGUUUAAGAAAUUACUGCUUUUUUGAACGUGCUAUAUUUUUAUUUUUGUUUGAUAAUUUAUGUUAUUACAUACUUUAUCAGUUUUAAAUUAAGAGACUAGGAGAGAAAAAUAACUCACUGCUUUAAGGUAUUAGUCUUAUAUUCCAGUAAAUCUUAAAUAAAAUCAGUAGCAAAUCAGGGUCUUUUUCUCCUAGUUAAAUAAUGAUAAGACCAUAUUUACAUACCAAUAAUGAAAGCUAUUUAAGGAAAAACAGAACAAAACACUUUUUUCGUACCCUCUAGUAUCUCAUUUUUUUUUUUUUUAGUAUCUCAAGCUCCAUUACCUCUGUGACUUUUCUGAGCAAAAAAGAUGUUCUUAGUUUUCUCUGUUUACUUCUUUUUUUAAAGACUUGUAAAAAGGUUUAUGAAUUGCAAACUGUAGAAGGAAUAUUAUGUCAUGUUAUUAUCUGAAGUCUACUAAAAGUAAUGUCUGAAAAGCUAUGAAAUACAAUUUUAACGUCACAGAUCAAUCCAGACAACAUAAAGAAAACGCAUACUUCAUGGAUUCUAUAUGUAAUUUUCUAGAUAGGAGUGAGAAUGACUUUAGCGGAUAUUUCAGACGUUGAUGUAGUUUUCCUAGCUGUUGUAAAACUAAGGCAAAACUGAUGAUGAGCAGGAGGGAGAUUUCAAAGGGAAACUUAUGCCAUGAAGGUAACUGAAAUUAAAAGACUAGAUGGUCUGCAGGUAGAUCGUUUUACUUUUUUUUAGGGCAAAGAUUUUAUUUAUGAGAUGUUGAUAUGUGACCAGAUUUCUGGCUUUCGGUGGCUGUGUUGACAUAAUGCAAUUGUGGAAAGGUUGAUUCUAGGACAGUUUUUAGUUGGUCUAAGAGGAGAGUAGAAUUAAAUGAGCAAGGAACCUUUGGUGCUGUUUUACUUGCCUGUUCUUCAGGCAUUUGUAUGUAGAAUCUUAAUUUUAAGUAAGAAGGAGAGGGGAGCUGUUGAUAGGUAGAAGUUAUUGGCAACUUAUUAAAGGUUCUCUGGGGUUUUUUUAAAUUAAAGUUUCUGGAAGAAAACCCCCCACGCCUUUUACUUUGACUAGGUAGCAGCUGACAGCUACGUGGAGAUUGAGGAAGUUAUCCUGUUAAUUUUGGCAGAAUUUAUGCCUUAUAAGUAGCCAAUUACGAACUUCUAGGGUUCUCCAUGGCCAACUUAAAUCUCAUUUUGUACUUUUUGAUCUUGUUUUUGCACUCUUGUCUCAUUUAACUGUUGUUUCAUUCGCUUGUUCACUUAUUCAUUCGAUGGGUAUUUGAGUGUCUGCUUUGAGCCAGGCAUUGCAGUUCACUUUGGUAGUAUAAACUAUUUAUUAAAAAUCCUGUUAAAAGGGAUUAACAGCAUAGAGUGGAUGAUGAUUUUUUGGGGGCUGAGGGGAGAAGGAAGUGAAAAGGGACAUGCCUGUCUUAAUUCUCAAUUUGCCUUGAUGCCAAAGAUCUAUUCUUGUGUGUCUGUGUGUUUGUUUGUGUGUAUAGUUGUGCGUUGAUUUGGGUUUGGGAUGUGUCUUUUUCCUGAAAAUAGGAUUGUAAUAUUUAUAGUCAAAAAGUUUGUUUAAAUAUCCCAUUUACUGGUUAGCUUAUGAUUAAAUAGAUUUCCUUUAAUAAAAUCCACUGCCCUCAAGUAGAUUCGAACUCAUAGCGACCCUAUUAAAAAAACCAAAACUAAAAACAUUGCCACUGAUUGGAUUGCAACUCAUAAAGACACCCUAUAGGACAGAGUAAAACUGCCCCAUAGGGUUUCCAAGGCUGUAAAUCUUUAUGGAAGCAGACUGCCACAUAUUUCUCCCAUGGAACCGCCGGUGGGUUCAAACCGUUGACAUUUUGGUUAGCAGUCGAGCACUUUAACCACUGCGCCACCAACCAAACCAAACUCAUUGCAGUAGAGUUGAUUUCAACUCAUAGCAACCCUACGGGACGGAGUAGAACUGCCCAUGGGACAGAGUAGAACUGUACGGGUUUCCAAGGCUGUCAGUCUUUACCGAAGGAGACUGCCACAUCUUUUUCCUGAGGAGUGGCUGGUGGAUUCGAACUGUGGACCUUUCGGUUAGCAGCUGAGUGCUUAAACCACUGUGCCACCAGGGCUCCUUUAAUAAAGAUACUAAUAUUUAUAAUUAGUUCUGUUUCAUUUUCUCUGAUCCCAUCUGAGAGCACACAGUGAAAUCCCACCUGAGGAUGCACAUCUUUUUCUAGAUGUCUCCGUAUGCUUGAGAGCCCCCGUGCCCCAGUCAUUUAUUAGGGGACUUGCCACUCUCUGCCACCAAGAAUAUGAGAACGUUUUCUAGAAUUGUUGCAGAGAAUGAAGUAGAAUAAUGAUGUCAUGCCCCUUUGCUUGUGUCCUGUGUGGUCAGAAUGGGAAUCUUUAAUUGGUUGAAGGUGCUAGAGCAACGUAUCAGGGACCUCUCUUUUCUGUGGGUUGCCUGUGCAUUGUUGCUGCUUAAGGCUAAAUAGUCUGGGUCUUAUCUCCCUGGGUUUCUAAGUGAUGGGAAAUUGCACCUGUGCAGAGUCUUGUUCUGCUGUGGUUGAGAGUUUAACGAUUACUUUUUCUAGGUGUAGCUUUUGACUAAAAUGUCUCUAUUGGGAGAGUAACAGUGGUAACAACAUCAUGCUAGCAGCUAUCACUGAGUAGGGUUUUUAAUCCUGCUAUAGUCUUUCUUUUUUGCAACAACUCUAUGAAAGAGGUAACUCUAUGAAAGAGGUAACCCCCAUUUUACAGUACGAAACUGAACCUUAAGGGGAAUUAAGUCAUUAUGCCUAUGGACAAAGCUUCAGGGAAAAACAAUUGACCAGUGAGUAGGAGAAACAUGAGAGGGAAUGGUGCCUCUGAGAAUGUCCUCCUGGAAUCUGAUAAAGCCAGUGAUUGCAGGCCUUUAUAAGGCUCUUGGUCUAGUCCAUAAAAAGGAUAAAUAGAUAUGAAUAGUUCUAGUUCUCCAAGUUAGGUCAGCAGUCAUCUCCCAAACCCUUUCUUCGAGGUGGACCUACACCUGUACAGAUGUUAUUUUGAGGCCUGCAAAUAGUCUUCAGCUUUUAUCAGUCUAGUUUUUAACAAUUCUUAAAACUAUUGGAUUUUUUUUUUUUUUCCUGCUUUUUAAUUUUCUCAAGAAGUAAGAAUUUUAGGGGGCGCUGAUCUUUUGUUAAGGGUGAUAGAAAAUUUUAGAAGUGGAUGAUGGUGAUGGUUGUACAACAUGAUGAACAUAACUAAUGUCAUUGAAUUGUAUGUGUUAAAAAAUGCUGAGAUGGCAAAUGUUUUGUUACACAAUGCAACCUGUGAGAGCUGGAACACUGCAGGACUCUCUUGUUUUUCUGGGUCUCACAAGUUUUCUUCCUUUGACAGGGUGCAGUCUUAACACAUUCGUAUUGCUUGUUUUAGUGGAAAAUAUUUGUUUUCCUUCUCUGACAGGUUUCUGCCUUUCAGGUUCCAGCUUUCUCAGGUUUUACUGUAUAGGCAGUCCCCAGGCUACAACUGUGAUCCGUUCCUGUGUCUGUCUUUUAAGUCGAAUUUGUAAGUAAGUUGAGACAGGUACAUAUGAUUCUUACCUAGCAUCAGUUAGUCAGAUAUUUGUCUUAUUAUAUAUUUUAUUUUUCUAUGCACAGAAAACACCUCAAAAUACACUAAAAUAUCUUAAACAUAAUAAUAACAGUACAUGAUAAUAAUACACUAUAAUAAAAGUAACUACAUAUGGUAUUGUACUGAAGAGAAAGUAUCUGUGUGUAUGUGUGUGUGUGUGUGUAUGUAGAUAUAUAAAAACCAAAAAAUGAAACCCACUGCUGUUGAGUUGAUUCUGACUCAGAGCUCUUAACCACUGUGCCACCAGGGUUUACGUGUAGGUGUAUGUUGUUGUUGUGUGUCAUUGAGUUGAUUCUGACUCAUAGCGACCAUAUAGGACAGAGCAGAACUGCCCCAUAGGGUUUCCAAGGAGCGGCUGGUGGAUUCAAACUGCCGACCUUUUAGUUAGCAGCCUGAGCUCUUAGCCACUUUGGCACCAGGGCGUGUAGGUAUAUAGUACUACAGAAAAACAUUAACGAAACAGUUCUUAAAAGCAGUUUAGAUAGAAAAAAAAAAAAGGAUCAUGAUUAAAGAAUGGUUAGCGCUUUCAUUUCAUUGAUGUUCUGCAUACCAGAAGGGGCAUUCAUCAGGUAACAUUAUGAUAACAUUGAUAAUUGGAUGAUGCAGGAGAAGAGGAUGGAGAGAUGGCUACUGUUGAAGACCAUGGGCCUGAUAAUGGAGGGGAUGGGCCUGGUGCACAGAGUCAGAGUUUGAGUCUGCUGCUGGUGGGGGGAGGUUAUUACUGGAGUGAAUUUCUUGAAGAUACUGUUUUUUUUGUACAAACCAUCAAGGUGGUUUGUACAGAGCUUUUCUUUUUCUCGUCAUAAAUGGCCUGUAGCAGCUCAGGCCCUUGGUAACUGUAAGGUAAACUUUGAUGAACUUCUCUGUAUUAGAACCUUGCUCUGACUUUGCCAUCCCUUCUUCAGUGAGACGAAAGGCUUCCUCUAACUCUUUUGUCAAAAACUUUUUUGGUUCUGGAGUUUGUAGGUCCUGGUCUUCUUCCUCAAAUGCUAUCAUCUGCUGCUCUAAGUUCCAUGAGGUUUUUAUUGGUUAGUUCUUCUGCUUUUCCAAUGAGUGAUGGCGUUUCACCUCUUUGCAAUUGGGUUAUUCCCACUUUAUUUUCAAUCACGAUCGUUUUCUUUUUCUUUGAUGCAUCGUCAGCACUUGCAUCGGAUUUACGCUUUGGAGCCAUGGUUACAAGGGUAAAUACGAGGAAAAUUGAAGCCAAAUACAAAGUUACACACUCAGCACAGCGUUAACAGCAACGUGAUCCUACUUAAAAAGGCAGAUGGCAUUCUCCUUCCUCCAUGGACUAACCGCUGAAGCCGCACAGUGUUUUCAUGAGCGUCAGAAAGUAGUUCAUGUGUUCGUUAUUAUGAACCACUGUAUUUAACUCAGAUUUUUAAUACAAUAGUCUUUAUGGCAGUCUGUUUUUAACUGGGGGACUUACUGUAUUCAUACACACACAAAGAACUAUAAUGGAUGAAGUAAUACCUUUGUAACAUUUAUUGAGCGCUUACUAAGAACUUGGUGCAGAGUUAAGGUCCCUUUCUUGUAUGAUCUCAGCUGUUUCUCAUUGUAAUGCCCUGAGGUAGGUAGGUACUGUUGUUACCAUUCCUCUUUUACAGCUCGGGAGAUGGAGGCACCGAGGUGCCGAACAAGCCGUCUAGGGUCACAUGGCUUGACUAUUGAGGAAUUUGAACCCAGACAAACAUUGCUACCAGAGCCCAGUUCUUAUUAGCUAUUUGAUUAUACUUCCUUCAGCAUAAUGUGAAUGUGUCUUGUUGAGAAGAUAUAGAUCACUAAUUCUCCCCUAGUGAAAGGGAAAAGGGGUAGGAGUACAGCUUUAAAAAGCAUGUCCAGGUUGCUUAUUGUUCUCUAAGAAAAUAAAGCUCAGGAAAAUUUGUUGGGGAUAGGUAGAAAAUAGAUCGAGAAAGCGCUAUAGAGAAUAUAGAUUUAUAAAAGUUGAAAUACUGAUAGAUAUUUGACAUCUAAUUUCUUUAAAAUACUUUAUUCUAGUAUGUGUAAUAGGUGGAGAGUGUGUGAUGCAGGUUUUGAAGAUUUUUUUGCAAUCCAUGUAGCAUGGACUUGGUGCUGAGAUAUUGCAGUCCUGAAAGAAGGCUGAUAAUAUAUUCAGUCAUCUGACUUCUGCUCUGCUAUUUGUGGAAUUCUCUGUCUGCUCAAUUGUUUGCAGGGAGAAGGGAGAGCUGUCAGGGAACUCUUUCACCUGUGCACUCGUUCACCUGUGUGGGCAUCAGCAUGCACUGCUUUUAACCUUCCAGCUGCCAGGGACUGAAGGCUUGUCACAGAUGAAAAUGCAGUGCACGGUGUUUGCUAUUAUUCCUUUAGUGUGUCCAUAUGAAAUGUGACCCCAGCUCUUCCAAGGCUUAAGUUGGAGAGCAUGAGUGAGUUUUGGACGUACCUGUUGUUACUGACUGAUCUCUGUCCAUUGAAGUACUCUUCUAAAUGAGGAUUAUCUUUUCCAGCACAUCAUUCUGGCUUAUAAAAUCAGCUCAUGAUUCAAACAUAAGACUUCCAUUGCCUUUGGUGUAACAGUAACAUUUUUAAGAAUACUGAAUGUUAACUUAUCUUAAAAUUUCUAAUUCUAUUAAUAUGCUAAUCCAGUUAAUAUGCCUAAUAAUGGAACACUUUCAGUUACUGUCAAAAUGUAAAUUGCAUAUCUUAGAGGAAUCUGUAUCUUGAGUUAUUUCUAGGCCAUCGCUGGAGUCCAAACCAAAUGGAAAUUUUAUAUAGUUACAUGGAUAACAAAUUAAGAAAGUAUAUUUCUUAUGUGCUUAUGUAUAUAUAUAUUUAAAAAAUGGAAUUAUUCAAAAAUGAAAUGUUUAUUAGAUAAUCACCUCCGAGUGGCUCUUGUUUCAAAAUGGCUGGAGAGUUCUUUCACGUAUAUUUUUGUAUUCCUAAGUAAGGGAUGUAGAAAUUCCUUACCAAAAUUCUGAGUGUCAGAAAUCCACAAAUUUCUGCAAAUUUAACAUAAUAGCAUUUCUUGAAAUUACAGAAGUUGAUGGUGGUAGCUAUGAAGAUAGGCAGUGGAAGACUUAAGGGUGCUUGAGGCAAUUCUCUUUUCCUGUCCUGGCUGUUUUGUGCCUGUAGCCUGUCUUGGAUGUAAUGUUAGAUAUGCUGUGUAUUAAGGCUAAGCUCUAGCAACUGACUAGUCACUGCCCAGAACUUUGAAAUGAGGAUGGAAUGACAAGUAAUGGCAGAACUUCCUACUGCUUUAAUUUUGGUGUCAAUCUUUGUAUAUCUUUCUUCUCUGCCUCAUUUUACCUUUUUCCCUGAUGUUCUUAGAUUUUUUUAUUAAAGUUAAAGAUGAAAGAUUGGUGGUGGUGAAGGGAAUUACAGUUAAGUUUAUGGGGUAAGUCUAUUAUUAUCAUUAAGUAUUUCAUGUAUGAUCAUGAUGUAACAGUUUCCCUCUUAACCAAAUAGAUUUGCUGUGCUAACAGCACUUAGUGAAGCAGCCAGCUAUUUGUUAAGGAAGCCAUUAGGUUGAAAACAGAUCACUUAACACAGGCACAGUACAGUAAUUUGCUGAUUUGUUGUUGAAAGUUAGCUGGUUGCUGGACAACAUUGUGGUCCAGCGGACUAGAGCUGAGCCGCUGUUUAAUAAGGAUUGAAUAUUACGUUUCCCAGUUUUGUGUAUUUUAUUUCCCCCCUAUUUAAGGAUACUGUUACAGAUAAUAUAACGUUAGAUGUCUUGAAAGCAGUCAUUAGAUUAAAGUGGUCAAAACAGGUGUAAGUUGAAAAUACUAAGAUGAUUUAAGAUUGGUGAAAAUUAUAACCGAAUUCCUAAAGGAAUUCCUAAAGCAUUCCUUAGCAGUGCUUGCUUCUUUGGAGUUUCUGGUAGUGUAUUUUCAAUUUCUGUAAUUCUAUUAUGAGCCCUAUGUGUAGUGUUCUUGUUGCUAUUUUAAAUAAUAUCGAUGUUUCGCUUCCUUAAGGCUUUUCCAGAAAGCUAUGGGAGCCCUGGUAGCGCAGUGGGUAAGAGCUUCAGCUGCUAACCAGGUUGGCAAUUCAAAUCCAACAGCCACUCCGUGGAAACCCUAUGGGAAAGUUCGUCUCUGUUCGUUAGGGUCGCUAUGAGUCGGAAUCGACUAGAAGGCAGCGGGGCGGUUUAUAAAGCUAUGAUAUAAAAAUAUUUAUUCUAUUAAAAAGUGCUAUUUUAUUGUAUUGCAGGACCAGAGUCUUCUCUAAAUAAAUAGAUAAAAGCCAAAAACACCAAACCCACUGCCGUUGAGUAAAUUUUGACUCAGAGUAAAAUCUUUUAUGCUGUACUAUCCUUCAUUUUAAGCAAUAGAUUGUGAACCUUACUAAUAGAAUGAAAGCCUUUGAGCUACAAGAUAUAACACAAGAAAAUGAUAGGACGUGCAUGGUGGACUGAACAUAGUGACAGUGAUUUAAAAAAGGUCAACAAAAUGCCUGGACAUUGAAGGGCAUUGGAAAACAAAACAGGAGAAUUAACCUUCUCUGGUUAAAAGAUCUCAUAUAAUUGAUAAUAAUAGCAGUCUUACAGUCAUUGAAGUUCUCGUCUCUAAUACUGUGUGUGCUUUAUUAAGAAAAGGCAUUUGGAAAGAAGAUAAAGGAAGCCUGGAGAGGACUCUAUCAGGAGUGGAAACAGUUGGUGUUAUGAGCCUUGCCUGAAAAGGUAUCUUUUGAGUUCUAAAUGUAAUCUAGGUACUGGGCUAGCAACCAGCAAUGCAGUGGUGAAGAAUGCAGACCAAGAAGCCGCCCCUCAUGGAGCUUCUAGUCCACCUGGCUUUUAGGAUAUAGAUUUCUCUUGGAUUUGGCUACAGAUUUGUAAAUCUUCUGCACUGUGUACAGACACAGUUGCUGAUAUGUGUUCAAGAUGAGUGGGAUGGGAGAAAAUACCUCUGACCCAUCCAGGGCAGAGACAAGGAAGCGCAAGGAAUGUCCUGACCAGCUUGGACCCAGCCCCAAAAGGAGCACUGAGAAACGUAAUCGUGAACAGGAAAAUAAAUAUAUAGAAGAGCUUGCAGAGCUGAUUUUUGCAAAUUUUAAUGAUAUAGACAACUUUAACUUCAAGCCCGACAAAUGUGCAAUCUUAAAAGAAACUGUGAAGCAGAUUCGUCAGAUCAAAGAACAAGAGAAAGCAGCGGCUGCCAACAUAGAUGAAGUGCAGAAGUCAGAUGUAUCAUCCACAGGGCAGAGUGUCAUCGACAAGGAUGCGCUGGGGCCUAUGAUGCUGGAGGCCCUUGAUGGGUUCUUCUUUGUAGUGAACCUGGAAGGCAACGUGGUGUUUGUUUCAGAGAAUGUGACACAGUACCUAAGGUAUAACCAAGAAGAGCUGAUGAACAAAAGUGUAUAUAGCAUCCUUCAUGUUGGGGACCACAAUGAAUUUGUCAAAAACCUGCUGCCAAAGCCUAUAGUGAAUGGGGGAUCUUGGACUGGUGAGCCUCCUAGGCGGAACAGCCACACCUUCAAUUGUCGGAUGCUGGUAAAACCUUUACCUGAUUCAGAAGAGGAAGGUCAUGAUAACCAGGAAGCACAUCAGAAAUAUGAAACUAUGCAGUGCUUUGCUGUUUCUCAACCAAAGUCCAUCAAAGAAGAAGGAGAAGAUUUGCAGUCCUGCUUGAUUUGUGUGGCAAGAAGAGUUCCCAUGAAGGAAAGACCAAUUCUUCCCUCAUCAGAAAGUUUUACUACUCGCCAGGAUCUCCAAGGCAAGAUCACUUCUCUGGAUACCAGCACCAUGCGGGCCGCCAUGAAACCAGGCUGGGAGGAUCUGGUGAGACGGUGCAUUCAGAAGUUCCACGCCCAGCACGAAGGGGAAUCCGUGUCCUAUGCUAAGCGGCAUCAUCAUGAAGUGCUAAGACAAGGACUGGCAUUCAGUCAAAUCUAUCGUUUUUCCUUGUCCGACGGCACUCUUGUUGCUGCCCAAACGAAGAGCAAACUCAUCCGUUCUCAGACUACUAACGAACCUCAGCUUGUAAUAUCUUUACAUAUGCUUCACAGAGAGCAGAAUGUGUGUGUAAUGAAUCCGGAUCUGACUGGACAAGCUAUGGGGAAGCCAUUGAAUCCAAUUAGCUCUAGCAGCCCUGCCCAUCAGGCCAUGUGCAGUGGGAACCCAGGUCAGGACAUGACCCUCAGUAGCAAUAUAAAUUUUCCCAUAAAUGGCCCAAAGGAACAGAUGGGCAUGCCCAUGGGCAGGUUUGGUGGUUCUGGGGGAAUGAACCAUGUGUCAAGCAUGCAAGCAACCACUCCUCAGGGUAGUAACUAUGCACUCAAAAUGAACAGUCCCUCACAAAGCAGCCCUGGUAUGAACCCAGGACAGCCCAACUCCAUGCUCUCACCAAGGCAUCGCAUGAGCCCUGGAGUGGCUGGAAGCCCUCGAAUCCCACCCAGUCAGUUUUCCCCUGCAGGAAGCUUGCAUUCCCCUGUGGGAGUUUGCAGCAGCACAGGAAAUAGCCAUAGUUACACCAACAGUUCCCUCAAUGCACUUCAGGCCCUCAGUGAGGGGCACGGGGUCUCAUUAGGGUCAUCGUUGGCUUCACCGGACCUAAAAAUGGGCAAUUUGCAAAACUCCCCAGUUAAUAUGAAUCCUCCCCCGCUCAGCAAGAUGGGAAGCUUAGACUCCAAAGACUGUUUUGGACUUUAUGGGGAGCCAUCUGAAGGUACAACUGGACAAACAGAGAGCAGCUGCCAUCCUGGGGAGCAGAAGGAAACAAAUGAUUCCAACAUGCCCCAGCCUGGGAACAGUGAGAGGCCUGACGGACAGAACCGACUGCACGACAGCAAAGGACAGACCAAGCUCCUGCAGCUGCUGACCACCAAGUCGGAUCAGAUGGAGCCUUCACCAUUACCCAGCUCUUUGUCGGACACAAACAAGGACUCCACAAGUAGCUUGCCUGGUUCUGGGUCAACACAUGGGACAUCGCUCAAGGAGAAGCAUAAAAUUUUGCACAGACUCUUGCAGGACAGCAGUUCCCCUGUGGACUUGACUAAGUUAAUCGCAGAAGCCACAGGCAAAGAGUUGAGCCAGGAGUCCAGCAGCACAGCUCCGGGUUCAGAAGUGACUAUUAAACAGGAGCCAGUGAGCCCCAAAAAGAAAGAGAAUGCACUACUUCGCUAUUUGCUAGAUAAAGAUGAUACUAAAGAUAUUGGUUUACCAGAAAUAACCCCCAAACUUGAGCGACUGGACAGUAAGACAGACCCUGCCGGUAACACAAAAUUAAUAGCUAUGAAAACUGAGAAAGAGGAGAUGACCUUUGAGCCUAGUGACCAGCCUGGCAGCGAGUUGGACAACCUGGAGGAGAUUUUGGAUGAUUUGCAGAAUAGUCAGUUACCACAGCUUUUCCCAGAUGCCAGGCCCGGCGCCCCUGCUGGAUCAGUCGACAAGCAAGCCAUCAUCAAUGACCUCAUGCAACUCACAGCUGAAAACAGCCCUGUCACACCUGUUGGAGCCCAGAAAACAGCAUUGCGAAUUUCACAGAGCACUUUUAAUAACCCACGACCAGGGCAACUGGGCAGGUUAUUACCAAACCAGAAUUUACCACUUGAUAUCACAUUGCAAAGCCCAACUGGUGCUGGACCUUUCCCACCAAUAAGAAACAGUAGUCCAUACGCAAUGAUACCUCAGCGAGGAAUGAUGGUUAAUCAAGGGAUGAUAGGAAACCAAGGAAAUUUAGGGAACAGUAGCACAGGCAUGAUUGGUAGUAAUCCUUCCCGGCCCACCAUACCAUCUGGAGAAUGGGUACCGCAGAGUUCUGCUGUGAGAGUCACCUGUGCUACUACCACCGGUGCCAUGAAUCAGCCAAUCCAAGGAGAUAUGAUCCGGAACCCAACAGCCAGCAUCCCCAUGAGACCCAACAACCAGCCUGGCCAAAGACAGAUGCUUCAGUCUCAGGUCAUGAACAUAGGGCCUUCUGAAUUAGAGAUGAACAUGGGAGGACCUCAGUAUAGCCAACAACAAGCUCCUCCAAAUCAGACUGCCCCGUGGCCGGAGAGCAUCCUGCCUAUUGACCAGGCAUCUUUUGCCAGCCAAAACAGGCAGCCAUUUGGCAGCUCUCCUGAUGACUUGCUGUGUCCACAUCCUGCGUCAGAGUCCCCAAGUGAUGAGGGGGCGCUCCUGGAUCAGCUAUAUUUGGCCUUGAGGAACUUCGAUGGCCUGGAGGAGAUAGAUAGAGCUUUGGGAAUACCCGAGCUGGUCAGCCAGAGCCAAGCGGUAGAUCCAGAACAGUUCUCAAGUCAGGAUACCAACAUCAUGAUGGAGCAGAAGGCCCCCAUUUUCCCCCAGCAGUAUGCGUCUCAGGCACAAAUGGCCCAGGGUAGCUAUACCCCCAUGCAAGAUCCAAACUUUCACACCAUGGGACAACGACCCAGUUAUGCCACACUCCGAAUGCAACCCAGACCAGGCCUCAGGCCCACUGGCCUAGUACAGAACCAACCAAAUCAACUGAGACUUCAACUUCAGCAUCGCCUCCAAGCACAGCAGAAUCGCCAGCCACUUAUGAAUCAAAUCAGCAAUGUUUCAAACGUGAACUUGACUCUGAGGCCUGGAGUACCAACACAGGGACCUAUUAAUGCACAGAUGCUGGCCCAGAGACAGAGAGAAAUCCUGAACCAGCAUCUUCGACAGAGACAAAUGCAUCAGCAACAGCAAGUUCAGCAACGAACUUUGAUGAUGAGAGGACAAGGGUUGAAUAUGACACCAAGCAUGGUGGCUUCUGGUGGUAUACCAGCAACUAUGAGCAACCCCCGGAUUCCCCAGGCAAAUGCACAGCAGUUUCCAUUUCCUCCAAACUACGGAAUAAGUCAGCAACCUGAUCCAGGCUUCACUGGGGCUACAACUCCCCAGAGUCCUCUGAUGUCGCCCAGAAUGGCACAUACCCAGAGUCCCAUGAUACAGCAGUCUCCAGCUAAUCCAGGCUAUCAGGCCUCUUCAGACAUGAAUGGGUGGGCACAGGGGAAUAUGGGUGGAAACAGCAUGUUUUCACAGCAGUCUCCACCACACUUUGGGCAGCAAGCAAACACCAGCAUGUACAAUAACAAUAUGAACAUCAAUGUAUCCUUGGCAACCAAUACAAGUGGUAUGAACAACAUGAACCAGAUGACAGGACAGAUCAGCAUGACCUCAGUGACCUCUGUGCCUACAUCAGGACUGUCCUCCAUGGGGCCCGAGCAGGUUAAUGAUCCUGCUCUGAGGGGAGGCAACCUGUUCCCAAACCAGCUGCCUGGAAUGGAUAUGAUUAAGCAGGAAGGAGACACAUCACGGAAAUACUGCUGACACUGAAGGUAGCGGUUGCUUCUUUCUUCAGCUGACCGGGCCCACUUACUCAAAACCCUUAGCAGUCUGGAGAGCUGCGUCCACUUGUUCUGACCCACCGACCUGCCAGCCAGUUCUGCCAGAGCGAGAUCCACAGACAGGCCUCGGCUCUGCGCCAGCGUGGAGUCCACACGGCUGCUUCAGGAGAAGCUGCCUCUUCUCUUGACAGUCUGAAGCUCACAUCCAGACAAUUGCUCAGUCUGUUCACUGCAUUCACCUUAGUGCAACUUAGAUCUCUCCUGCAAAGUAAAUGUUGACAGGCAAAUUUCAUACCCAUGUCAGAUUGAAUGUAUUUAAAUGUACGUAUUUUUAAGGAAAACAACCAUGCUCUUGUUCUGUUCCUGUUUGGUUCCAGACACUGGUUUCUUGCUUUGUUUUCCCUGGCUAAUCAGCCUACUGCAAAAGAGUAAAAUUGCAUCUGGGAGAAAGAAAAGACUUUGAAAAAAUACAAACCUAAGGUGUUUUAAGCAAAACCCUGCAUUUGGAAUAGAAGCGGGGCAGGCACCAUGGACAGCGUUGUAUAUACAGAAACACCCAAUAAGUGAAGAACAAUAAAGCCCUAGUUGUUUCUUUGUAGAAGACCCUAAAGACCAGGUUGGAAAGAGUUUCCAUUUAUUGAACAGAUCAAAAGGGAGCCUGUGAGGGCUGUUAAUAUUAACAAGGAUUGUUUCUCUGGUUCUUUGUUAAAGAAAACCAAACUAGUUCACUUAGAUCAUGAAUCAAGAAGAAAUACUUUUCAUCCAGAUUAAGUUCCCAUUAGAUUGAUUCAGACAGCUUGAACUAGCACCUCCUCUUCCCCACCUGGCCCUCAGUGUGCCCAUUCCCUCUCUGUCUUUACAGUUCUCCCCGCUUUCGUUCAUUGUUUUAAAGUAACACACACAGCAGAAACCAGGUAAGCCCUUUAUUUCCUUAACUAUUUUGCCAGCCACUUACCGGUUGCUAAGUACUGAAUAAUUUCAGAAAAAUGCAUUUACUGGCAAGGAGAAGAGCAAAGUUACUACUCGAUCCCAGUCAAGCUAAGGAUACCUGCUUUGGAAGCAUGUUUGUUCUGUUCCCCAGCAGCUCGGGCCUACAAAACAGGAGAAAAUAAUAGCGUGUUUAAAAUUGACAGCAGAUAGAUAUCACUACAGAUCGAACCACCGUCGUGUGUUUUUUAUUUUGUUUUUUAGCAGUGCUGACUAAGCUGAAGUUUUGUAAGGUACAUAAAAUCCAGUUUCUAUGUAAACAAGCAAUAAUUUAAGUUGAGAACUUAAGUGUUUUAAUUGUAUAAUUUUUGUGAGGUAUACAUAUUGUGGAAUUGACUCAAAAAUGAGGUACUUCAGUAUUAAAUUAGAUUAUCUUCAUAGCAACGUCUCCUAAAGGUGUUUUGUAAAGGAUAUCAAUGCUUUGACUAGACCUAAUUUGUAGACUUAAGACUUUUUAUUUUCUAAACCUUGUGAUUCUGCUCAUAAAUCAUUAAUCUAUAUAAUAUGCAGCCGCUGUAGGAACCAAUUCUUGAUUUUUAUAUGUUUAUAUUCUUUUUUAAUGAACCUUAGAAAGACUACAUGUUACUAAGCAGGCCACUUUUCUGGUUGUUUUUCUUGCCCGCUCUGGUAGGGGAAUAAUCUUUUAUUAAUUGCAUCGGUUUCAGACAACUGCAAUACUAAGAAACCGAUGAUGUUUUUUGAGCUAUUUCUCCCCGACCCCUGAUACACAGACUUUCUUACCUAAAUUUCCAAAUGAUGUCUUUUUGAUGUCUAAAAAGCAAAGCAUUUUGUAAUAUCUCAUUAGCCAGGCUUUUUAGGAACAGAGAGGUUUUUCCUUGAAAUCUGAUUGUUUAUUUUGUGGCAGGGUGAAAAAUGUACAAACUACCCCUAUUUAUAUUUAUAUCUCUCUCUAUAUGUACAGAUUAUGGAAGUAUAGAAAGAGAUAUAACCCAAAGAUCAAUGAUGAAUAGACAGUCUGAAAGUGUUGCUCCAUACUAAAGAAAUUUUCUGGAAAUUUGCAUUUCGAUAUUUUUUCCACUUGAGAGGGAUCUCAAUACAGGGAGGUGGCCAAGGAACAGCACUUCUCAGUGGCCACCAGUUCACACAUCCCGCUCAAAAGGCUCUACUUCCUCAGCCAAACCAUUGGGUUGCCCGACUGUGAUGGAAAAAUGAGCAGAUGUUGGCCCCGGACUCCACGACCUCACUGGUAUAAUGAGACUUACGUUAUAGCGAUUUAACCUGACCAGUUUUCCAUUGGUUUUUAGAAAGAUGUGAAUUAGAAUGACUUUACACAGCACGACAGAGAAAUGGAGUUGAAGCUGGAUUUGCUUUGUUUGGAGUUUUUAGUCCCUUUUCACUCUAGCAAACACUGUCCAAAAAUAUCUAUAUUGUUUAUCCAUCUGCCCACUGUGUUUUACCAUGAAUCCCAGUUCAGACAGAGCUACAAACCUGCAUUCCUGGUAAUGUAGAUGAUGUCACAAUCGUUACUGUUUUGAAGGAAAAGAGAUGAUAAGUUCUCUCACAGCCCAGAUCAGGUAAUGGAUUUUGCUUUAUAUCUAAUCAGGAGAAGAAAAGUCAGUGAAGGAAGCCUCUGAUCAUAUUGAUCACUGUAGAAGCAAAAGCCAAAUCAAUUCCCUUCAUUAUCAGUAUUUCUCAUGCUGUACACAAUAAAUUUGUUAGACUGAGUACUUGGUUUUUGUUUAAUAGAACAAAUAAUCAGUGUUUUACUUAUAUUACUAAAUGUGAAAAACACAUAAUGUGAAAGUAUACAUACAUUAACUUGGUUGUAAAACUCAUUUAAGUGUUCAUGUAAUGUGGUAAGUAAAAAAGUGAAGUGAGCUGUUUUACUACAAUGAAUUCGUUUGACUCAAAGAUUAAAAUGCCUCCCCUCCCCCAUGUGUAUCUCUUCUGGCCUAUAAUCAUUGAAAGCAAUGUUUUUGCAGUUUAUAUAAUGCAAUUUUUAAUCUGUGUUUAAAAUGGAGUUCAUAUGGGCUUAACACAUGCAAUGGGUGGCACAGGUCCACUUGCAGAACCCAAAGAUACACAAUCAAUUUUGAAAUGCAACUUAAGCCAUUAAUUGUUGGUGUGAAUUUAAAAUUUUCUAGUAUUUGUAUGGUAGUAUGCUGCCUAAGAGCAAAGCAUUCUCUGCACAAAAGAAAAUUACUGUAGUGGCUUCGAUUUUAAUUAGAAUUUUCUCCCUGGUGUUUCUUUAUAGACUAAAACAAAAUCUUUUAAGUUUCUUACUACAGGUAAAAGCUAUGUGCAAGAACCUCAAAAUGCUAAAAUCUAGCAUAAUGCCUUAGAUCUGUUUUUAAGUCUUGUAUAUUCCUACAUAGCUGUCUGAUGUAUUAUAUUUGUAUAGUGAAUUGUGUACAAUUUUUGAAUAAGUGCAUCAUCGCUUAACCUUCAUGUUCUUGAAUAGCGAUGAUGAUACAUUUCUUCAAACAUUUAACUGUCUUUUUUUCCCUUUGUCAUUUGUGGGUUUUCUUUGUACAGUUCCUCAUGAAGUUGCAUCUGAGAUGUGUGUAUAUGAAAAGAUUAUACAAGGGUAAAAUUAAGCAAUAUAUUAACUAUGGUUCUUCAGGAGAAAGCUUACAGUGUUUCAGGUUGUGAUUUAUUUUCAAAAUGGAGUUGAUUCUGAACAUCACUUUGUUCACCUGCAUUGAUGUUUGUAUUUCUAGUGUGAGCAGUUUAUGCAAAGGUAGAUAUAUUCAGAGAAAUUUUAAAUACAUUUAUGCAAGUUAAUAUUGCUUUGCUGAUGCUAUUUGCUUAUUUGAUGUUAAAUAAUGCUAUUGUAAAUAAAGAAUUCUGUUGUUAUUGCAUCAUUUAAUAAAUUUUAAUGCCUUCGGGUUUUACAUGGCUUCAGAAAAAAUUUUUUUAUAUGAUUUAUUUUGUCGUUGUUGAGAAUAUACACAGCAGAACAUACACCAAUUCAACAGUUUCUACAUACAACACUUAGUGACAUUGAUUACAUUCUUUGAGUUGGACAACCAUGCUCACCCUCCUUUUCUGAGUUGUUCCUCCCCCAUUAACAUAAAUUCACUGCCCCCUAAGGCUCCUAUCUAAUCUUUUGAGUUGCUGUUGUCAAUUUGAUCCCAUAUAGAUAGUUCUUAAAAGACCACAAUGCUCAAGGCAGAAAUUCUCUCCUAGUUAAGCUAAACUAGUGUUUGGUUUUAAGAAGACUUGAGGGCAUAUUUUCGAUUUACGGUUUAAAGAUCGUCUCAGGGCAGUUAUUUCAGGAGUUCAUCCAACCCUCAGGGCUUUGGGAAGUCUGAAGUCCAUGAGAACUUGAAAUUCUGAUCUGCAUUUUCCCCCUUUUGAUCAGGAUUCAUCUAUGGAGUCUUUGAUCAAAAUGUUCAGUAAUGGUAGUUGGGCACCACCCAGUUCUUCUGGUCUCGUGGCAAAGAACGCAGUUGUUCAUGGAGGCAAUCAGCCACACACUCCAUAUCCUCCUCCAAUUCCUCUCUUGUUCCAGAUGAAUAGAGACCAAUUGUGCCUUGGAUGGCUGCUUGCAAGUUUUUAAGACCCCGGGUACUACGCAUCAAACUAGAAGAUAGAACAGAGGCACUAAACAUAUUAAACCAAUUAACUGAGAUGUCCCAUGAAACCAUGACCCUAAACCUCCAAAGCAAGAAAACAAAUCCCAUGAGGUUUUUGGUUGUACAUAAGCAGCCUCAGCAGGUUUUUCUUUUCUUUUCUUUUUUUGUCAUCAUUGUAAAUAUAUUUGUCACACAACUUUUAUGGCUUUAAAUAUUUUAAUGUGUUUAUAUUGUAUCUUCAUAAUUGCAUCUAAAUUAAAAGUACCUUACUUGUAACUUGAUAAUUUCUUACAUUUACAUGGUAGUUGACACUACUCACAGUGCUUAAACACGUAUAUUUUUCACGCACCUUUGGCAUUCAUCAUUUCCUUUGUGCCAAUAUACUCAUUUUAUAGAUUUUCAGUUUGAAGCUGAGAGGAGGUAUGUCUUGUUUAAGAUUGUCUAACAACUUAAUGGCAAAUACAGGCAGAACCUAGGUCCACUGAGUCCUAAAUGCUCUUUUCACCAUGUGGUUCCAUCUCCUAUUCCCAAAUAUCCAAGAACAUUUAUGACAAUAAUGUGGGCUUCUGGCUUACUAAUGUGGAGUAGCUUACUAUAUAUUACACUGAACUAUUCAUGACAGUUUAAUAAAUUGGUCUGUUAAUAUUUGAUAGUUGAUAGUGCAAGUCAGAAACUACAUGAAAUGUUAUUAAAUACAAUUCUAAAAAUGAAAGAUUAGAAAAAUCCGUGUUACUGUAUCAGCAGAUUAAAGGGGGAAAAAACACACAAAAAAACAGAUACCAUUUGAUAAAUCUGCAUAGGAUAAACUUCAGCCCCCAAUGCAUGAGAAAACUGCUAGGAAAAACAAAUGUCCUAAGUUUAAGGUUAUCUGAUGCAAACCCGCUGAAACAUCUUACUUAAUAGUGAAACAUUACGAAGUAUUGAAGUCAGAACAAAACAAGGAGGCUCACUACCAAUGCUAAGAAAUGGGGUAUUAAUACUGGAACAGAAGAGAGAAAACAUUUUCAGCCAAUUUGACCAUCUAUAGGAAAAACAAAUGAAUCAAUUGACCGGCUCUUGGAAUAAGUAAAAAAGCUGACUUGAAUCAACAAAAUCAAUACAUCCAUGCUAAUUUCAGAAACAUUUCUAAAUAUAUUCACAAUAACAAUAAUACCAUGACUUUAAGAUUAUACCCAACAGGAAGUGUGAAAGGUUUUUGUGAAGAAAACUAUACAGUUUUACUGAAAGACAUAAAAGACCUGAAUAAAUGGAGACACGUCAUGAACCUAAGACCCAAUAUUGUAAGACCAUUGUUUCAUCCCCUAAAUUCAUUAUAAUCCAAUCAAAAUCUAAGAAGUGCAUUUGGAAGAUAAAACGUGCAAUAAUAGAUGAGAAGUUUUGGAGAAAAAAUGUGAGCCUUUAACAAAAUAUUUUAGAGUUGGAUUGAUCAGUGCUGUACAGUACUGGUACAGAAAUUGAUAAACAUCAGAAGCAUAGAGUUCAAAAACAGAUCUCUGUAUAUUAUAUGUAAGUUUAAUACAUUAUAGAGAUGACGUUUCUAAUCAGUAGGAAUCUGUUCUCUUUAAAAAAAAAAAAAAUGCUGAAACAAUUGACCAUAUUAGGGGAAAACAACCAAGUUAACUCCCUACCUCACAACAUUAACAAACUCCUGAUGGAUUGAGGACCUAAACGUGAC